GUUUGAUUGAAACGCUUCAGCUAUGAAGACGAUUUUAAUUCUAAUCGUUGGGAUUUGCUUUGUUAGUGGAGCUGAUCGCUCGCUUUUUAAAACUUGCGGACAAAGCAGUUUCUGCAGAAGAUGUCGCAAUGUAUCCGGACCAUCUAAUUACGUUUUUGUUCAGGGCACACUUGCAGUUGAUAAAAACUCUGCAACUGUGGAAAUUCAGAACACGCAAAAUUUUCAUAUUUUUACGUUGAAGAUUAGUGGAUUAAUGGACAACACAUUCCGUGUUGAGAUGGAUGAGAAAAGUCCGUUGAGUCCAAGAUUUCGUGUGACGGAAGCUCUUCAACAAGAACCAAUCUUAGAAAACAUUGACGUGACUAUUUCUGAUUCGGAAAUUAUAAUUAGAUCGAAAAUGAAUCGUGCAGUCAUUACAAAAUCGCCGCUUAAAAUUGACUUUUAUCGUAAUGACGUUCAUGCAUUGACGUUCAACGGCAAUGGCUUGUUGAGAUUUGAAGAACUUCGAACAAAGCCGGCAGUUCUCGAUCCCAGCGAAGAUCCUGAUUCAUGGGAAGAAACUUUCAUGGAUGAAGUUGAUUCAAAGCCGAGAGGCCCCGAAGCAGUCGCAGUUGAUUUCUAUUUCCCAGAAUCAGAAGUUCUUUUUGGAAUUCCUGAACAUUGUGAUUCGUUUGCAUUGAGAACGACCCUUGGUGAUGAACCAUACCGAUUGUACACAUUAGACGUGACUGGUUAUGAAAUCGAUAGUCGAAUGCCAAUUUAUGGUGCAAUUCCUGUGCUUUAUGGUCAUGGCGCUGGUCAAACUACUGGAGUAUUCUGGCAUAAUUCAGCUGAUACGUUCGUUGAUGUUCAUGACAAGAAAACUGUUCAUUUUAUUUCUGAAACUGGAAUCAUUGAUGUCUUUGUUCUUCUUGGACCAUCACCAAAAGAAACUUUCAUUCAAUAUACGAAACUCACUGGUGUCACUAAUCUUCCACAACUCCACAAUCUCGCUUAUCAUCAAAGUCGUUGGAAUUACAUGACUCAGCAAGAAGUCAUUGAAGUGGUUGAUAACUUCGAUUUAGUUGAUAUUCCACUCGACACUGUGUGGCUUGAUAUUGAAUACACAAAUGGCAAAAGAUAUUUCACUUGGGAUAAAUCAACUUUCCCCCAACCUUUGGAAAUGAUGCAAAACUUAACAGAUCUUGGACGAUAUUUGACAUUCAUCAUUGAUCCACACGUUUUUGUUGACGAAGAUUAUUCUUUCUAUGCCCAAAACCGAGCACGAGGAUAUUACAUUAAGAAUUCUGAUGGAAGUGAUUAUCAAGGAGUUUGCUGGCCGGGAAUGUCAAGUUAUGUUGAUUAUUUCAAUCCCGAAGCUCGUCGCUUUUAUGCUGAUCAAUAUUUAUUGGAAAACUUUGCCGAAAAUUCUGUCACCACCGGCAUUUGGAAUGACAUGAACGAACCUACAGUUUUUGAUGUUCCUGAAAAGACAAUCCCAAGAGAUGCUGUUCACUUUAACGGUUGGGAACACAGAAAUCUUCACAGCUUAUAUGCGCACAUGCAAACCAAAGGCACUUAUGAUGGAAUGAUGAGAAGAUCUAAUGGAGAAUUGAGACCUUUCAUCUUGACAAGAGCUUUCUUUAGUGGAACUCAAAGAUAUUCAGCAGUUUGGACUGGAGACAACACUGAUACUUGGGAAUACUUGGAAGCUUCAAUAAAAAUGUGUUUAUCUAUUUCAGUAGCAGGAAUUUCUUUCUGUGGAAGUGACGUCGGAGGAUUCUUUGGUGAUCCCGAGGAAGAACUAUUCGUGCGUUGGUAUCAAGCCGCAGCUUUCCAACCCUUUUUCAGAUCACAUGCAAAUUUCGAUUCACCUAGACGUGAACCAUAUUUAUUGGAAGGAGAUUCAUUGGCAGCUGUUCGUGACGCAAUCAAAAUUCGUUAUGCGAUGCUUCCAUUCUGGUACACGAUGUUUUAUGAACAUGAACGAUUUGGUCAUCCAGUAAUGACACCGAUGUUGACGAAUUAUCCACAUGACACUAGAGUUUUCAAUUUAGACAAUCAAUACAUGUUAAGCGAUGUUCUCUUAGUUCGACCUGUAACGUCAAAAAAUGCUACUGAAGUUGAAGUUCGCUUUCCUCCAGUUGAUGGAAUUACCGAACUUUGGUAUGAUGUAACAAAUUACAACAAAAUAGAAAAUAUGGCUGGUGGGACGAAUUUUUACGAAGUUGAUAGAUUUAAGUAUCCAGUUUUUCAACGAGGUGGAACAAUAAUGCCAAGGAAAGAAACAGAAAGAAAAUCUUCAAUGUUAAUGGUCGACGAUCCAAUCUCACUGUUCGUUGCUCUCGACAGGAACAACGAAGCUACUGGAACUUUGUAUAUUGAUGAUGAAAAGAGCUUUAAUUAUCAUCAUGGUGAAUAUCUUUACCUUAGAUUCACUUUUAGUGACAAUUCUUUGAGUAGUCAUCACAUUGACGAUCACGCACAUUUUGAAUCAUCAAAUAAACUUGCACGUGUUUGCAUUGCUGAUUUAAAUCCACGCCCGUUAUCUGCUACAUACACCAAUGCAAGAAAUGAGACUAGAGAAUUAGAUGUUUCUUAUCCUGAUGAUGUUUUGUACCUCGUGAUUGAGACCACUGACAUCAGCCUCAACGAUGAAUGGACAAUCAAAUUAAAUUAUGAAAGUGGUGCAAAACAGAACAUUAUUUGUGGCGGUUUAUUAAUUUUUGUGUUGGUUCUUCAAUUUGGAAAACAUCUCUUAAAUUAAUAUUUCAUUUCAUGAAUUGUCUUAUCAAAAUAUUUAAUUAAAAAUAAAUUUUAAUUAGAUAAUAUUGAAAAUUUCAAUAAAUUUUUUAAUGAAUUUAAUUGUGAUUAU